CUACAGAUAAAACCGAACGUGCCCUUCACAGAGUGUGCGGCUUUGUGAGGCAUCGGGGCAUGUCAAGGUGUGACCCAUAUUGAAGUAUUUCCCCUUCAGAAAACUGAUGCCACGCAAGGGGCACACUUACAGAAAGAAACCACCGACGACCACAGUAUAUGCGACUGUAAAAAGUGAUGCUCGGGUCCUGUACACCCCUGCCUGAGUGCCUCGCAGCCGUUGCAGCUGUCCCGGCUUCACAUAGACCUUGCGCAUGGUGAACAAAUUUACGUGAACACGAUCACAAGGCACUCUCUCAACAGGACCAUGCACUUUUUGGACACACGUUUUUUUUAGCUCCCGGAUAUUGCGAGUUAAAACGGAAGCAGACGGCGCGCGCAUCGGUUUAAAGAUGGCGGCCUCCACGGGCAGCACGACCGUUCAACGCUGUACAACAUUUCGUGAUCUAAACCUCAACGACUGGAUUAUUACGCAAUUAAAUACUUUAGGUAUUACAAAGCCGUCCUUGAUACAAGAGAACUGCAUUCCACCGAUCCUGAAUGGCAGGGAUUGUAUCGGCUGUGCCAAGACAGGCAGCGGCAAGACACUAGCAUUUGCGCUUCCAAUUUUGCAGAAACUUUUCGAUGAUCCUUACGGAAUAUUUGCCCUGAUAUUGACACCAACGCGGGAGUUAGCAAUGCAGAUCGCUGAGCAGUUUAGGAUAGUUGGCAAGACUGCCGGACUAAAGGAUUGCGUCGUCAUCGGCGGAAUCGACAUGGUGUCGCAAGGCAAGGAACUCGCAGAUCAUCCUCACGUCGUCAUUUCGACGCCAGGUCGACUCGCUGAUCAUUUGGAAAGCUGCAACACGUUCAGCUUGAAGCGCAUAAAGUUUCUGGUUCUUGAUGAAGCAGACCGACUUUUAGAAGGACACUUUAAUGAACAGCUCGCGACCAUUUUCGAUGCUCUGCCAAAACUCCGUCAGACCUUGCUAUUCAGCGCCACUAUCACGCCAACCCUGGAGGAACUACGCAGUAUUGCCAUGAGCGAUCCCUUCUAUUAUUCGGCACCCGCGGAUGUGGCGACGGUAGAACAGCUCGAGCAGAGAUACGUUCUGGUCCCGAGCCACGUACGAGACGCCUAUCUGGUUCACGUGGUUCAAAGAUUUGUGGAGGGCACGCCUAAAGGUUCCCUCAUCAUCUUCACCAGCACGUGCAAAAAGUGCCAAGUGUUAUCCAUGGCUUUACGAUCACUGGGAUUCCAAAACGCGGCACUGCACUCGCAAAUGCGCCAAAAGGAACGUCUAGCCGCACUGGCCACUUUCAAGUCUACAACCAUGAGAAUAUUAGUCGCCACUGAUGUCGCCAGCAGAGGUUUGGACAUUCCCUGCGUGGAACUGGUCCUGAACCACAACGUGCCCUCGGCUCCGAAGGACUACGUCCACCGUGUCGGACGUACCGCCCGCGCGGGUCGUGGGGGCCUCGCGGUCACUCUGGUCACCCAGUACGAUGUCAGAUUGCUUCAAGCCAUCGAAGAACUUAUCAACACGAAGCUCAACCUUCACCCGACCAAAGAGUCCGAGGUGCUUAAGAUCCUGACCCAGGUAUCGGUGGCUGUGCGCGAGGCAGAAAUUCGUCUCGACGAGCAGGACUUUGAGGAACGGCGUGAAGUGAACAAGCGAAAGGCGCUUCUGCUUAAGGGUCUCGACCCGGACAAAGUGGAAGCAGAAAAGCGUCAACGGAAAGAAGAGAGGAGACGUCAGAUGAGACGACAGUUGAAGGCAAAGAGAAAAAAGGCCUCAAACUAAGAUAGAUAAGAUAAGAUAUGCAUUAUGUAAGUGGUGGGGCAGUCUCCAUACACGGAGGCUAAAUGAAAUGAUGCCCAUUGCAUAGUAAAAAUGUGUAAAAUAUUUUUAAUAAAUUGAAUUUCCAACAAGAAAUAAAACAUUAAGAAAAGACA